GGGAAGUGGCUGAAGGAGGAAGUGUGAGAGCGAGAGUGAGUGAGCAGGAGGCUGGGAGAUGAAGGACUGGCCGAGUGGGGUCCGUCCGUAGCUGGUCCUUGCUGACGGCCCACCACAGGGCCCAGCCGAAGAGAACAUGCACCUGCUGCCGCUGCUCCCCCUCCUCUUCUGGCUCUCAGGCAGCUCCAUCGCCGAUCCAAUCACCGGUCCAGCCAGAGUGAGAGGCACGGAGCAGAGCUCGCUGAGUGUGCAGUGUCGCUAUGUCAGCGGGUGGGAGACCUACAGAAAGUGGUGGUGCCGAGGAGCUGAUUGGAACAGCUGCAAGAUCCUCAUCCAAACCACUGGAUCUGAGCAGGAGGUGAAGAAGGACCGUGUGUCCAUCAGGGAUGAUCAGGAAAACCUCACAAUCACAGUGACCAUGGAGGCGCUCAGGAGAGAUGACGCUGACACUUACUGGUGUGGGAUUGAGAGAAUUGGAACUGACCAUGGGGUCCCAGUUGAGGUGACCGUUGACCCGGUGAUGGCGACGGUCACCCCACGAAAGACCAAAGGCUCCCCGAAUCUGAGCAGCCACCACUCCGAUGACAGGUUCAGCAUCAUGAAGCCCAGCAUCCUGGUCCCCCUCAUCUUCGCCACCCUGCUGCUUUUCUCCGUGGCCAUCUCACUCUUGGUUUGGAGGAGGGCGAAGCGGCAGAAGAAAGGUGAGAGGACCUGGCCGGGGUGGGCGGGGUGGGGCUGGUGGAGGUGUUUGGCAAAGGAGUACCUCCGUGGUCUGGAAGGGGCACUGUUGCAAAGACCACCAGCAGUGGGGGCCACCUGGAGCUUGUAGGUGAGGCCAGGAGCGCUUGGCAUUAGCCGGGCCUGUGCACCCUCCCUUCCUUCUCUCCUCUCCCCUGCCUCUCUGUUUCCGGGUUUGGUGUUGGCGGCAGGUCAGUCUACAGGCCAAGACACCUGGGUGGCACUUGUGUGGUUGCCAAGGAGAUGCUGAGCUGAUAUGGGGAAAGACAGAAAUACACACAUGCAUACUCACAGUACCUGUACACGGAUGCACAUGUGUAUGUUUAUGUGUGUACACACAAACCCUUGUGCACAUGCACACAUCACACACAUGCGUACUCGCACCACACGGUCCUCCAGGUCAGGCCAGAGAGGUCGGUGUGGCCCCGCUGACCCACUUGCUCAUGGGAACUUGCUCUUAGAGAUGCGCCUCCUCUGUCAGGGAUCACAAGACCUGCCCUGACCAAACCCUUUUCCUGUCUGGCUUCACUUCCACAUUCUCACAUGGUCUCGCCCCUCUCCCUUCUCAGAAGUGCUGGGGCCUCAGCUCUCCUGGGGCCCUCUCCAGCUCGGAGUCCUUUGGUCUGACCCUUGCUUGUCACCCUUUCUCCUGAAUUACGGUCCGUGACUACAUCUCAGGACAUGCUGUGUCCUUGGCAUCUAGACUUUUGAAACUACAAACCAGGCGGAGCGCCAAAGGGCAGAAAGAAACACUGGAAACAGCCCCCACCUUCAAACCAGUCCAUAUGCUGAGGGGGGCAGCUGGGGGCACCCCGUCUCUGCAGACCCCCUUGCUGACCGAGUCCCCACAUACCAGGCACAGCCCCCAUGGAUGCCGGACAGGCCCUGCCACCCAGCAGCGCACGGCGCGCCUGGAGUCAGCCUGGACAAAGGCGAUGAGACAGAUGUGAAGCAAGUGCCAUGAGGGCCAGGAGGGCGGGUUAGAGUCCCAGGAGCU